AAAAAAAGACAAAAUAUACGAUUGAAUCAAUAACUAAAGAAAAGAAGCACUUAAAACAUUAAAUGAAAAUAGCAAACAUUCAAAUAACAAGAACAAAUUAAUACAUUUACAUGCGAAUAGAAAUUAAAGGGAAGCUACUCUAAAUAAUAUUUUUUCAAGAUGGCUGCUGUUUUUAAUAGCAAAUUUACUGUCUCGAACAGGGUUGAUAAAAAUUAAUUUCAGGAUAUUUAAAUUGAUUUAACCAUAAAAGUGGCAAUGAAUAAUAGCUAGGUGCAGUAACUGAGGGUGUCACCCAAAAAUUGCACCCCACUGUUGACACCACUGAGACUAUAGUCUACAGACUGGAUCUAAAUUCUAUAAUAGACCUGAUUAAAAAUGCCUGAGAUGAUAUCUAACAAAAAUGGAAGUCUCAGCAUUGUUGUUUUUACUUGUGUACUAUCAUUUUAUUACAAGAACUUGCACCACUCCCUCCCUGGUGGAGAUUCUGGGGAAUUAAUAGUUGCUGCCUAUGAAUUUGGUGUAGCUCAUCCACCAGGAUAUCCACUUUUUACACUGCUAGCAAAACUGUUGAUCAGCAUCAUUCCUGUUGGUUCUAUUGCUUGGAGGGUAAAUUUACUGUCAGCAUUAUGUGGGGCUCUUAGUGCUGUUGUCCUGUAUCUAAUUGUCUAUAGAAUGACUUUACUUCAUGGUGCUGGGCUGUUUGCAGCUUGUAUUUUUAGCUGCAGUAGCUUGGUGUGCACGUGGUCAGUAACUGCUGAGGUUUUUACUUUAAACACACUUCUCUUGUCAAGUCUGAUGUUGACAGCCAUCAAGUUUGAAUCCAGUCCCAAACAGACAGCACCUAAGGUUUCUUUAAUAGGUUCAUUUCUGUGUGGGCUCUGUCUGUCUAACCAACACACCAGUGUGUUGUAUGUUCUUCCUCUCAUUCCCUGGGCAUGGUACAAGCUAGGCCAAAUACAGAUGUUGUCAUUUGGCCUUCUAUUAAAGCAGGGGUUGUUGCUUUUGUGUGGACUUUUGCCUUAUUUAUAUCUCCCAGUCUCAUCUUUUCUGCACAUAGCGCGAUGGACUUGGGGAGAUUCUAGAACAGUUCAGGGCUUCCUACGACAUUUCUUUAGAACAGAGUAUGGGACCUGGGAUCUGCUCAAAGAUCACACUGGUCAAGGUUUUACGGCAGGUCUUAUUGCAUACAUUAACCAUUUAUUGAGCGAUGUGUCUCUGUGGGUAUUUCUCUUGGCUGUUUGUUCUCUGGUCUCUGUUUAUUCCAGAUAUAAAAAACAGAGCACCCCCAUGCUGUUUGCCUUGAUGCUGCUUAUCUAUGUCAUGUUUUUUUGUUGGCGGGCCAACCUGGAUAUCUCAAAUCCCCUGUUUUACAAAGUGGUAGAAAGGUUCUGGAUACAGAGUGACCUUCUAGUGGUGAUCCUGGCAAGUCUAGCUCUGGCAGACAUCUGGAGCUACUUGAGCUCCAAGCUAAACUAUCUCCCGUCCAACUUGGAUGUUGCAGUUGUGUUACCACUGAUUGCCUCUCAUGUGUACUUUGGCUGGCCAGUGUGUGACCAGAGUGGCAACGUUGUGGUGCGAGACUUUGCGCUGCAGACCCUGCAACAAUUUCCUGAAGACUCCAUCGUCCUCACUAAGGGAGAUCUGCCUUCAAAUUCUUUCAGGUACUUUCAUAUCUGUGAAAAUGUCCGUCCUGACCUGACUAUAUUUGACCAGGAGGUACUGACCUAUGAAUGGUCCCUCCCUAUGACCAGAGAGUUUUACCCCAGGCUUCACUUCCCUGGGGACAGGAUGCAGCUGUACUCUGGUGUGGGCAGGGAUGGGAAAAGAGCCUUUACUUUUAAAGAUUUGAUUGAUGCCAACUACGACAGACACCAGAUAUUUGCUUGUAUUGGUGUCCAGGAACAUGACCCAUCUUGGAGAGCUGAUUAUGUCCUGUGGCCUUAUGGCGUCUGCUGGCAGAUAGUCAGAAGCAACACUGACCUUGACCUAGAACUCUGGACAAAGAAAACAGCCAAUAUAGCGGAGGAUUGGCUGUACCCUUGGACCAGAUUUGAUGACGGUUCAUGGGAAACUGUUGCCAGUUCAGAAAUGUGGAGAGCUAAGACUGCCACCGCCUUGUUCUAUCUAGAGCGUGCCUUGACCCUGCCUGAGAACAGUACGGACUACACUAGGCUGCUCGUACAGUCCUAUCAGCUGUACUCAUCUGAGCUGGAGAAACACAAGAUUGCUCCAGCCUUCUGGCACCGCAACUAUGCCAUUGUCUGUGAGAGACUCCUCCAUGUGGACACCCUCCUGGACCAGGUCAUGCUGCUCAAGAAAACCAUCCAGCACUUCCAGGAGUUUGUUCACCAGGAACCUGGAGAUGCUGAUGCCAAGAAGAUUAAAAAAGCAAUCACCACUCUAGAAUCUUAUCUGCAAGGUAGCACAGGUCUAUCUUAACAGUGGGUUAACUUAUCUGCUAGGUGGCUGAGGUCUAUCUUGACAGUGGGUUAACUUAUCUGCUAGGUGGCUAAGGUCUAUCUACUUCAUCUGUCAUACAUGUACAUUUUAUCAUGUUUUUGUUUGUUGUAUUCUAAUAUAUAUUACAAUUGUCAUUUUGUAUAUUUUAUCAUGUGAACUAAUGUACUUAAAAUAAUUUGAAAAUAUGUGACUGGACUGAGUGUUUGUGUUGUGGCAUAUCAAAUAUACAAGUUUAUCUUCUAAUGCAGGGGUCUCCAAACUUUUCAGUCCGAGGGCCGCAUUAACUAUUAAAUUUCAGUUCGGGGCCAGUUUCUUUCAGGCAUGUCUUUGAUUUUUCUGGGCAAAGUUCCUCAGCCAUCACCAACAAACGUUUUUUCCGUGUACAAAAAAAUCUCCGCGGGCCGGAUGAGAGGACUUCGCGGGCCGCAUCCGGCCCGCGGGCCGUAGUUUGGAGACCCCUGUUCUAAUGGACCACAUAGAGCCCACAAAUAUUUAUCUAUUUUAUGAUCCAUUGAAUGAUGUUUCAACUAUUCAAACCUUUAUGCUUGACUUCAUGUCUCAACUUUUGAGUGCCUUUUGAAUUUGUAGCGUUUUCACCUUAAUUUCAAGCAAAAUUUGCUGUGAAAUAUUUGUUUAAACUCAGAAAAAAUAUUCUAAACUUCCAAAACACUUUUUUGAA